GCGCUCGCACCGCCUCUUCACCCCGGGCGUGCCGGCCGGAGCGUGCUCCCGGGCGGAGCUGCGGGCCGCGCUCGAGCUCGGGGCCGAGAGCCUGCGCUCGGCCGCCGGCGGCGGGCGGCAGCGGCGGCGCGGGGGGCUGCUGCAGCUGCUGCGGUGGGAGCCUGCCGCGCGGGCGGCGCUGUGGGAGAAGGUGGCGGGCGGAGGCGUCCCCGGCGCCGCCGGCGCUGGAGGCGCAGCAGGGGGCCUCGGGCCGACGUGGCGGCGGCUUGCGGGCUGGCUGCUGGCGGGCGAGGGCGAUGUGGCGAG